GCGAAUCAUGAUUUUUUUUUAUUUCGCAAAUUAUUCAAUAAACACACACACACAUGAGAACGACAACGACAACAUUGAGCAUCCAAAUUUAAAUAGCCAACCUGUCUAAAUCAAUAUCAUCGAAGUUGUUAUUCAACUUUAAAUUUUCAUUCAAAUCUUCUUCUUUUUAAAGUGGACAAGACACACACACGAUAUAAUACGAAUGAUAUGUUCUCAAGUUACGUUUUUUCCGAGAUUUUUGCCCCCUGCCAUCAUCAUUAUUUUUUGUCGACAACAACAGUAAUGAAAAAAAAUGAAAAUAAAGUCAUGAAGAAUUUAUCAACCCGGUAACAAUCGAUAUACUUGAUAUAUACCUCAAAUUUAUUUCUAACCAAUUCACAUCGUUCAUUCAUUCACACUUUUUCUGGUGAUAAAAUUUUAAUUUUCCAUCUUGAAACAUGUCAUAUUAUAAUCAGAAAAAUUAUUGGUCAUCACCAUUAUGGCCAUUCUAUUCAACAUUAAACAUCAACAUCACAAUACGAUCAUCAUUUAGUCAUCGAAAAUUUGUCAUUUUAUUAUUUGGCCUAAUAUUUUGCCAUUCAACAUUAUGUUUGUCACAUAUGAUCACUGAUCAUCAUCAUCAUCAUAAUGAUGAUGAUGAUGAAUAUUUAAAUUUAAGAAAAGAAUUUCCAUGUGGUCACAUUCCACCUAAACUAAAUCAGAUACGAUUUGUUCAUAUCAAUCAUCAUCAUAAUAGAAAUAAACGCAAUGAACAACCAACAAUAAAUCAUCAUCAAAAUUUACGAAUCAAAUAUUUUUAUGAUGAAAGUGUAGAGAAAAUUACCAAGGAAAAAUAUUUAAUCAUUGAUAAAGUUGUAUUACCUGAAGCAAUUAGCUAUUGGCAACAAGCAUUAUUUGUAAAACCAUUCCAUGUGCCUAUUAAAUUAAAUCGACGAUGUAUACGAGAUAAUCCAGAUUUUUUAGUUAAUCAAGACUAUUGUAUUGAAGGAUGUGAACAGCAUACACUUUGUGGUGAAGUUGUCAUACCUGAUGAACAUCUUGAAGAUUGUGUUGUCUGUGAUGAACAUGGACGAGAUUGUGUACGAGAAAAACCAUCUGGCACAAAUCAUUCGUUAAUCAAUGGUAUACAAGAUGCUGAUUUUGUUUUCUAUAUUUCAACAUUACAAUCGGUUCGAUGUGGAAAGGGCAGUACGAUUGCCUAUGCUGCUCAUUGUCAACAGGAAACUACGUUAAAUCGACCAAUCGCAGGACAUGCAAAUAUAUGCCCGGAUUCAAUAUCGACCAAACCACAAGAUCUAGAGACUUUGAUCUCAACAUUUAAACAUGAAAUUUUACAUGCACUUGGAUUUUCCGUUUCAUUAUAUGCCUUCUAUCUUGAUCCGAAUGGUUUGAAUCCGACUGUUGAUGCUUUUAAAAAACUGCAAAACAAACAACAGACCUUGGCUAAUAAUCGAUCCACUUUUAAUGGUGGUGGAUCAAUGUUGAUGAUUUCCAAAAAAAUUCUACAACGUGUUCCACGUAAAAAUUGGAUGGUACGAGGUGGAAAUAUAACGAAUAAUGUUUUUGUCAUUUCUACACCAAAUGUCUUGCGAGAAGUACGAAACCAUUUUAAUUGUUCUAAAUUAGAAGGAGCUGAAUUAGAAAACCAAGGUGAAGAUGGAACAUUGUUGACUCAUUGGGAGAAACGAUUAUUUGAAAAUGAAGCCAUGACCGGUACACAUACCCAGAAUCCUGUCUAUUCACGAAUAACAUUAGCCUUGAUGGAAGAUACUGGUUGGUACAAGGUCAAUUAUAGUCUAGCACAGCCAUUGGAAUGGGGUCGAAAUCUUGGCUGUGAUUUUGCAAUGAAAUCAUGUAAAGAAUGGAUGGAUACAAAACGUCAUCAAGGCAAAUCGAUUCAUCCGUUUUGUGAUCGUGUGAAAAAAGAUCCUUUACAGACCGAAUGUAAUGACAAUAGAGAUUCGGUAGCUUUAUGUAAUCUACGUCAAUAUGAUCAAAAAUUGGAUAGAAAAUUUCAGAUUUUCGAUGAGAUAAAAAAUGUUAGCCAAGAUGCUGUUAGUUAUUAUGGUGGCUCCGUUAUUUUGGCCGAUUAUUGUCCUUAUAUACAGGAAUUCACAUGGAAACAGAAUAAUGAAACUGUUCGUGGAUCGAAAUGUUCUUUUCCUGAGAAUAAUCCAUCUAUCGAAAAAAAUUUUGCUCUCGAACAUUAUGGAACCAAUUCGAAAUGUAUGAAUCAUGGCGAUGAAAUGUGGGUCGAACGAACAUGUCAAGAGAUACGACAAUGGCAACAUUGGGGUUCUGGUUGUUAUCAAUAUCGAUGUACGGAAGAUGGUUUUCUCAGCAUUAUAAUCAAAAAUCAUACAUAUGUUUGCAUGUUUGAUAAUCAAGAGAUUAAGAUUCAACUUUCCUAUAAUAAUUGGCUACAUAAAGGUUCAAUUAUUUGUCCAAAAUGUACGGAACUAUGUUCGAACUGCAAACAACUCGAUCCUGAAAGUCUUGAACGUUUAAAAAAUGAAACAAUAUAUGAUCGUGAUCAUUUAAAAUGCUCAGCAACAACACCGAAUUAUUUUAAAAAUUAUUCCUAUUUUUUGUUUUUUAUUUAUCUAAUUUCAUCUGUGAUAAUCACCCAUUUUUUCUUCACAACAUUCUCGCAUUCACAUCUCUAACAUGAAUGAUUGUAUGAUAAUGUUUUGUGUCUGUGUGUGUGUGUGUGUGUGAGAUAUCGUGUGUUGAUGAUAACGAUAACGAUGGGAACAAGCCAAGAGUAGCACACACACACACACACACACAAACAUCUUUAUCAUCCACACACACAUUCUUUAGAUUACCAUUCUGUUUUAUCAGCUUUUUUAUCAAUUGUUAUGUUGACAGUAUUUUUUUCUGUUGUUUUUCCAAUUUUCCCUCUUAACUUGAU